GGUGCUGUACAGAGUAGGACCCUGCGGGCCGCUGCUUCUUUUGGCUUUUCUGCCAUGGGCUCGGGCCCCAUCGACCCCAAGGAGCUCCUCAAGGGCUUGGACUGCUUCCUGGGCCGCGAUGGCGAGGUCAAGAGCAUGGAGGGCAUCACCAAAAUCUUCAAUUUAAUGAAGGACUCGCAGAAGAUGGUGAGUCGCUGCAUCUACCUGAAUAUCUUGCUGCAGACGCGGGCGCAGGACAUCCUGGCUAAAUUUAUCCGGAUUGGGGGUUACAAGCUGCUCAACACAUGGCUCACCAGUUCCAAAGCCUCCAACAACGUACCCUUCCUGCAGCAGAUCCUUCUCACACUGCAGCACCUGCCCCUCACCGUCGACCACCUCAAACAGAACAAUACAGCCAAGCUGGUGAAGCAGCUCAGCAAGUCAAGCGACGAUGAAGAGCUGCGCCGCCUUGCCUCCAUCCUCGUCAGUGACUGGAUGGGUGUCAUCCGCUCCCAGAGCAGCGCCCAGCCGACUGAACGGGAUAAAAAGAAGCGGAAAGAGGAAAACAAAAGCAGGACACCUGUCCAAGAGAAAACCCAAGAAGUCAAAACUGAGAUUAAAGCCGAGGAGAUGCCAGAGAAGAAGCGGGAGAAACCCAAAUCCCUGCGCACUACCGCUCCCAGCCAUGCCAAAUUCCGCUCCACUGGGCUGGAAAUGGAGACACCUUCGUUAGCGCCCGUGAAGAAAAUGAACUCUUCUUCAACCACUGAUAAAUACAAUCUGAAACCGAUGCCCAUAAAGAGGCAAAACAUCUCCUCCCUUCCUGGAGAUGUUCCUCUUGCAGAGAAGAAAUACAAACCCCUGAACACGGCGCCCAAUGCCACCAAGGAGAUCAAAGUCAAGAUCAUCCCACCCCAGCCUAUGGAAGGACUUGGCUUCCUCGAUGCGCUCAACUCCGCUCCCAUCCCCGGCAUUAAGAUUAAGAAGAAGAAGAAGGUGUUGUCCCCCACGGCGGCCAAGCCCAGCCCCUUCGAGGGGAAGCCAGCUCCUGAAACAAGCUCCACCAAACCUUCUUCCCCGGAGCCCACUGCCUCUUCGGAGCCGAUGGAGACGGAUCGACCUGGCACGCCAGUACCGGCUGUGGAAGUGCCAGAACCGAUGGAGACUUGCUCGGCGGAGGUGAGCGGUGACACCAAAGCCAUGGAAAACGCGUCGGAAAGCAGCCAGCUCACUAAAAAAGGUCGGAAAAAGAAAACAGUGAGUUGGCCGGAGGAAAGCAAACUCCGUGAAUACUUCUACUUCGAACUGGACGAGACUGAACGAGUCAAUGUCAACAAGAUCAAGGAUUUUGGGGAAGCGGCCAAGCGGGAGAUGCUGAUGGAUCGCCAUGCCUUUGAGACGGCCAGGCGCCUCAGCCACGACGCCAUGGAGGAGAAGGUGCCCUGGGUUUAUCCCAAACUUCUCGAUCUCCCCGCUCCCCUCGUGGUGCCAGGCAGCGGCAGCCGGGAACGCUUCACUCAGGCUGAGAGAGAGAAGGGCAUCUUGCAGGAGAUUUUUCUGUCCAAGGAGAGCGUCCCCGACAGCCCUCACGAACCCGAUCCGGAAUCCUAUGAACCGCUGCCGCCCAAACUGAUCCCCUUGGACGAGGACUGCUCCACCGAGGAAGUUGUUUAUCCUGAAGGAUUGGAAGCCGGCGCUGCUUCACCUUCCCCGGAUGCCGCUGGCAGUGGUGCCAAACUCCCGCCGGUGUUGGCCAACCUGAUGGGGAGCGUGGGGGCCGGUAAAACCCCCCAGGGACCGGCGCCCACCGCCCCCAUCAACAUGCAGGAGAUCCUCACAUCCAUCAUGGGUGGGCCCAGCACCCACAAAGCGGAGGAGCUGAUGAAACAACCGGAUUAUUCGGAUAAAAUCAAACAUUUGUUGGGAAAUCUGCAGGCUCAGCCACCGGGACCGAGCGGAGUGCCCCACGGUUUGCUGGGCCCCGGCCCCAUGGCCAACGGUUUCCCACCCGGCCCCAAGGCCAUGCAGCACUUCCCGCCGGGGGGACCCAUGCCAGGACCCCACGGAGGAGGCGGGGGGGGACCCGGCCUCCCCCCAGGUCCGGGAAUUCCAGGAGGCCCCCGACUUUUAGGGCCGCCCCCCCCUCAACGCGGCAACGCCGGAGGCGAUUUUUGGGAAACGCCAGAAGGGGGGGGGAACAUCCGAGGCGGCCCCCACGGCGGCGGAGGCGAGCGGCUCUAG